UUCAGCUUAUUUUGCAUGCUUCAUCAACCGUGCGAGACCCACUUAUAUUGUUAGAGGUCCCACACGUGGGCAUGUGAAGAUACCGAAGGUGGACCCUUCUGAAUCCAGAUUCAGUCGUGCAUCCAGGAUACCAUGCGCCUCAGGAUCGCCGCACUUUUGAUCAUCGCCGCCGCAGUGGGCUCCAUCCGAGGUGAUGCGGAUGGCAUGAAGGAAAUGCUCAAAAGAGUGGUCGAAGAGAAGGUAACCGAUCCUUACAGCAAGAAGCUCUUUAUGAGCAAGUACUCAGAGAUGCGCGACUGCCUCUUGGACAUGGCUUCAAUGACGCCGGAUGUUGCCGUGCAGGUCGUCAAGCAGAUGGUCCCGCACCUAAACGACUGUGGUGCAAAGCUGGCGUCGGAGCCAGACGACAAGAAGGCAGCUGUGUACGUGACCUGUACUCAAGACGCUGCUGGAAAAGUCAAGGUGUGUGGCAAGAACAACACAGAUUUUUAA